CUGCAGUCGAGACAAGUCUCUCUGUUUGUCUCUGAAGAAAAUUUAAACUGAAUCAGGUUUUCCUCAACAAAACAUCAGACUCUCUGACAAACACUGGCAGGAAGCCAGCGUGAAGACCUCAGAACUGGAGUGAUGUGAUCCACUUUUUUGAUCUUACUGAGGACUCGAGCAGCAGCGUUCUGAUUCAGCUGCAGCUCCGUAAAUCUGAGGGGAUUCAGCUGAUAAUUCUCUGGAGCUUCAUCAAUGCCAGAGACACAACACACUGUUUUCACAUUUUCAGACUGAGCGAUGGACUCUGAAGCCGGCGGGACGAUGGAGGUGGCGGCGCUCGGCCGGCCUUUCAGCCUCGGGAUGUUGUACGACUGCCGCAAAGACUCACUCGUCCCUGGCAUUACGCUGUGGGACCGCAAUGACCUGGAAAAAGAUAAAGGAGAAAGACCAAAACCGAACACUGACUUUGAGAUCGUUGCAUCUGAAUCAAUUGAGGACAAAUCUUCAGCACUAAACGUUGAAGCUUCCCUGAAGGCAAGUUUCUUGAGUGGACUGGUUGAGGUUGAUGGAUCGGCCAAAUACCUGAACGACAGUAAGAUUUCCAAAAAUCAGGCCAGAGUAACUCUGACGUACAAAAGUACCACAAAGGUCCAGGAACUGUCGAUGGAUCACCUUGGAAGAGACAAUAUGAAGCAUCCAUAUGUCUUUGAUAAAGGAUUAGCAACACAUGUAGUCACAGCCAUUCUUUAUGGGGCACAAGCCUUCUUUGUCUUUGACCGUGAGGUGUCUAAAAAAGAAGAUCAUCAAGACAUUGAGGGGAACUUGAAGAUGAUGAUCAAGAAGAUUCCCAGCCUUGCAAUAGAGGGUGAAGGUUCCCUGAAACUGGAAGACAAGGACCGAGCAAAUGUUGAGAAAUUCUCCUGCAGAUUCUUUGGAGACUUUGCUCUUGAAAAAAGUCCUGUGUCCUUUCAGGAUGCAGUAGAAGUCUACCAAAGCCUGCCAAGAUUACUGGGAGCCAACGGAGAAAAGGCUGUACCGAUGAAAGUCUGGCUGUUGCCACUGACAAGUUUAGAUUCUUCUGCUGCAAAACUGGUCCGUCAGAUAAGUAUAGGAUUAGUUCAGGAAUCACAGAGAGUCCUGGAGGACUUCAGUGAGCUGGAAAUGAGGUGCAAUGACACAAUGAGAACCACCACCGGACAGCAGUUCCCACAGAUUGGCAAAAAGAUUAAAACCUUUAAAGAGAUGUGCUCUGAGUUCAAGCUCGGAUUCCAACAAAAUCUGGCAAAGAAACUUCCAUCAAUCCGAGGAGGAGGAGAAGAGGAGGCUGUGCUCGCAGAGAUCCUGAAGAAGAGACAUUCUUCUCCUUUCAACAGCAAAGACCUGAACGAGUGGUUGGACUGUAAAAUGACAGAAAUCUGCAUCUUAAAAUCGUUUACCAAUAUGAUGAAAAACACCAAGAUCGUCCCCUCUCAGAAUGUUCUUAGUGAAGAAACCCUCAGUGCAGAUCAUGCUGUGUGUUUUGUUUUCACCUCCCUGGGAAGUGCUGAACCGUACCUCUCAGCUUUAUCUAACUACUUAAAACAAACAGCCGAACCAGACGACCCUCAAGAUGCACAUACUCGAGAUGUAGAGAAAGAACAAUGGUAUCUUUCAAACAAAGUGCCAGAUGCAAUGAGGAAUAAAGCAAAGCUCUUCAGUGACUUUGCAGAGGCCAACAAGGAGAACAAGAACAUAAAGUUCCUGACAGUGGGAUUAACAAAUGAGACACAGAAAGGUUCAAGCAUCUACCUUUAUGAAGACGGCUUUUCUGUCAAUGAGAACUUUGAGCCGCCUUCAAAGCCUGAAACAGUAACAGCAAGUGACAUAAAGCACAACAGUGUGACACUGAAGAUUUCUGCGCCCAGAUUUGGAGCAGAGAACAUCACCUCCUACUCUGUAGAGUACUGUGUCAGAGGAGAGGAUGGAUGGCAACAAGAGACAGCAUCAAAAGCUGGAGAAGUCACAGUGAGCCAUCUGAGUCCUAACACAGAGUAUAUGUUCAGAUGCAGAGCAGUGACCUCAGCAGGUUUUGGGCCGGCCAAUGAAGUCAGUGGUUCCAUUAAAACCUUACCUUGCAGCCCUCCUGGAAAACCUCAAGUUGAUCCAAACUCAAGUGAGAUCUCAGUCAGCUGGGAGAAACCUGCUGAGCUUGGACAAGAUGUCCAGAUUUUGAGCUACAUCGUGGAGUACGCCAAAACAGACAACGGGGUGAAAGAGGAAGAUCUCCAAUGGAAGCAAAUGAUGUCGAGAGCUGAAAAGGCAAUCAUUUCAGGGCUUCAGCCAGAGACAGAAUAUGUUGUCAGGGUCAGAUGUGACUGUGGUGCAGCUGGAAGAAGCAAGGAGAGCAUCUCUGUUAAUGUCUGCACAAUGAAAUUUAAACGUCUCACAGAACUCCUCAAAAGUAGAAGUGAAAGGAUAAAUUCUGAAUCACCUUCAGUUUACAAACUGCCUCUGAAAGAAGAAGAUACGGACAUUGAUGGAUGUAGAAGAUACAGUUUUGGCAAAGAAAGCACAAGGAAAAAUCGCACAAUAAUGUUUUUUGGAGUGUCCGGAUCUGGAAAGGCGACUCUCAUCAAUGGACUGAUCAACUACAUUGUUGGUGUAGAGUGGAAGGACAAUUACAGAUUCAAACUAAUUGAUGAGGGUCAGUCGACGUCACAGGCUGAAAGUCAGACCUCUGAAGUCACUGUGUACAAAAUCAACCACCAGGAGGGUUUUAAAACAGAAUACUCUCUGACCAUUGUUGACACUCCAGAGUUUGGAGAUACAAGAGGCUUAAUAAGAGAUGAGAGCAUCACAGAACAGCUGUGUAAUCUCUUCUCUGCUGAGCUUGGUGUCAGUGAAAUUGACGCUGUGUGUUUUGUAGCUCAGGCUUCUUUACCUCGACUCACACCAACACAGAAAUAUGUGUUUGACUCUGUGCUCUCAAUCUUUGGCAAAGAUGUGGCAGAAAACAUCAGGGUUCUGGUGACAUUCGCAGACAGCCAGCGUCCACCAGUUCUAGAGGCAAUCAAUGCUUCAGGUGUCCCAUGUCCUAAAACAAGAGACGGGCUGCCAGUUCACUUCAAAUUCAAUAACUCAGCUUUGUUUGCAGACAACAAAUCAUCUGCAGCAGGCAGCAUGAGUGGGGAUGAUGAGGAUGAAGAUGGAGGCUUUGAUCAGAUGUGUUGGAACAUGGGGACAAAAAGCAUGAAGAGGUUCUUUGCUGCUUUGAAUCUCAUAGAAAGUAAAAGCUUGACGAUGACAAAGGAGGUCCUCAGAGAAAGAGAGCAGCUCGAGAAUUCAGUUGAAAACUUGCAGGAGCAGGUUAAAGUUCAGUUAGCCAAGCUGGAGGAGAUAAAAGAGACAAGUGAAAUACUAAAAGAGCACGAGGCAGAGAUGAAAAGAAACAAGAACUUUGAGUUUGAAGUCACCGUCAUGAAGCCUUUUGAAGUAGAUUUUUCUGGUACUGGAAAUUACCUCACCAACUGUCAGCAGUGUCAUGUCACCUGUCACUAUCCCUGUCCAUAUGCAAAUGAUGCAGAUUUAAGACACUGUGCUGCAAUGGGAUCAGAUGGAUACUGUACUGAGUGUCCAGGCAAAUGUUUCUGGAAUGUACAUUAUAAUCAGAAGUACAAAUGGGAGUAUAAGGAAGUAAAAGAAAAACAAACCGUGAAAAAGCUGAAAGAAAAGUACCUGAAAGCCUCAGAGGCUAAGAGACCUGUUCAGGCACUGAUUGAUAAACUGAAGGCUGAAUAUGAUGGUGGUCAGGUUGAGGUGGUGAAACUGAUAAAGAAGUCUUCUGAGUGUUUAAACAGACUUAAAGAGAUAGAACUGAAGCCAAAUCCUCUCUCCACUCCAGAGUACAUUGACAUGCUGAUUGAGGGAGAGAAAUCUGAGGCCAAGCCAGGCUGGAAGAAACGAGUUCAGUCCCUGAUAACCAUGAGAGAAAAGGCUGAGUACAUGGCUAAAAUAGAAAGAGGAGAGAAACUAUUCUAGAGUCCAUAGCGAUCAGGAAUCUUUGUUUCUUUGUGUCGAAGCUAAUUAAAAACCAAGACCUGACCAAAUAUCAAAGACAAAGAGGAGAUCCAUUCAGACCCAGAUACCAAAGAACCAAACAGGACAGAGAGUGAUGUACUGAGACAGAGUCUCCAUACUGAGACACCGACACUUCAGUUAUUCUGACCAACAAGUAGAAAUGUGUUCGACAUAAAGAGAGAAGCUGCUAACUCGUUUGUACACAUUUUGUGCUGGAAGCAUUAACUGGACAACUUCCUGCCACCAUUAACACCAGUGUCACAGUUUAAAGCUGCAGCUUUAUUAACUCAGCAAACCUGAACACUGAGAAUUAAAUAGUGUUUUUAUUUUAUCUAUUUUGACAAUCUAAAUAUAACCGUUCAUAAAGUGUUUAGAUAUAUAGAUUUACAUUGUUCAGUACGGCUUUGUAAACAGGAAUAUCAGCUUCUUACUCAGUUAUUCUGCUCUUCUAUUAUGUCUUAUGUAUGUAAAAGAAAUAGGCCUGGGGAUAAAAGAAGAAAUCACAUUUUACUAUAUAAUUAAUAGAAUAAAGAGUACUGCUGCUGAUGGAAACACUGGACUGUGACAAAACUAGUACAGUAACAGCUGGUCAGGUUUAACCGCAGCGUGGCAGGUUUGAUCAGAUUCCAAUUAUCAGAUAUUCAAAUGAAUUUCUUCACAAAUUCCUGACCUUCAUUUAAUCACUGCGGACAAACAGAAUCUGUGAAUCAUCUUUCAGUCUUUGCACAGAAAUAAAAAUAGCAGAAAUAAGGUUUGGGGCCCAACAUUAAAUCUGCUGUGGCCCCUGAAAAGCUCAUUUCUCCCUCCUGUGUUUGCCUGCAGCCUCUCAGACUCUGCUGCUGGAACUCUUCCUGCCUCUAACUGUCUGCAGACUCCAGCUCUCCUCGGUGCUUCACUGCCCCCUGGUGUCCAAACUCAGAGCUGCAGGUUGUUUCCUCUUCAUCGCUCACAUUUAAAGUUAGUUUUGAUCAAAAUACUCAGACUUUAUUUGUAGAGCGCCUUUUGUGUAAAAUAACAAUACAAGGUGCUUGACAAUGUUUUUAAAAAUUCCAGCAAUACCAAAUAACCAAAAUAGAAGUUAUUAGGCAAGAUUAACGUUUAAAAAAGAAAAGCGAUAUAAAAAUAUAUGUCAUGAUCCUGUCUGUGUGUCUUGUGGGGGAGUCUGGGUUUUAGUUCUGUCUUUGUUCUUAGUCCUGGUCCUUAGUUCAUGUUUUAGUAUUCGCUCCUAGUUCUUGUUUACUUUAUUUUGGUUUAGUCUGCUCAGUGCUCUGUUUUUGUUCUGUGUUCUCGUUUAGGUUCUGGUACAUUGUAACAUGUGUUCUGUCUGUGUUGGUUAUUCAUUUUGCCCCAUGUCUG